AUGCACACUGUGACCGUGCAGUGCGAGAGUGCGGAUUCUUCGCACACAUUGGAGCAGUUCUGGUCAUUUCUACUGGCUGCCACUCCUGCUGGCUGCCGCUCCUUGCAGCCAGUUGCUCAAAGUCCCCAAGUAAAGCGGCCUCAAACUCUUCUCGCAAUGGCGAUCCCGGUCACUUUGCACAUCUACCAUGUGUCCACCGACUCUCGUGUCGGAGCAGUGAACGAGUACCUGGAGGCGAUGGGAACUGGAGCAUUCCAUGCAGGAGUCGAAGUGAAUGGCAAGGAAUGGAGCUAUGGCUACUCACCCGAUGGAUCGGGUGUCUUCAGUUGCUCACCCAAGGGCUGCAAGGCCCAUGUCUACAAGGACUCAUUGGAAAUGGGCGAAUGUCAGAAGUCUUCGGCAGAGAUUGAAGCUAUCAUCCAGGAGAUGGAGGGUGAUUGGCCGGGUUUUGACUACGACCUGUUGCGGAAGAACUGCUGCCUCUUCAGCAAAGCGUUGGUGGAGAAGCUGGGGGUGGGCCCUGUGCCCAGCUGGGUGACGAAUCUGGCAGCUGCCGGCGCCACCCUCCACGACGGCAUCCUGAAGGGGAAGGAGAUUGCAGACAAGGCGGCGAUCAUGGCCAAGGCCAAGGCCGGCGAGAUCGACGAGAAGUACAAUAUCAGCGGCACGGUAAGUGCGGCUGGCAAGGAAGUCCUGAUGGCUGCCGGAAGGUUUGAUGAGCAGUACAAAGUGAGAGAGAGGACGUUCGCAGCUGCAGUUGCCGUGCAGGCAAAGGCCGGUGAGAUGACAGAGGCCGCGAAGGCAAAGGCAGCAGAAAUGCACAAGGAGAUGGACAAAGACGGGGAUGGGCAGGUGAGUCUUGAGGAGAUGAGAGCGUACCUGAAGGCACAUGCCAACAAGGCGCACGCCGCAGUGGACAAGGAUGGGGACGGAAAGAUCACUUUCGAUGAAGCGAAGAGUUUUGCGACUGAGCGAGCCGGACAGUGCGGAUGUGAAGCUUGCACUGUGCAAUGA